UCCGUGCGUGUCUACUUCUGUCCCCUCCCACUCUCAGAUCAAACGUCUCUUCCACUUCCAUCUCUAAGAGCGUCUACGGAAAUGGCUGAUUGGGGUCCUGUCAUUAUAGCAGUGGUUCUCUUCGUACUCCUCAGCCCUGGCCUUCUCUUUCAGAUACCUGCCAGGGGAAGAGUCGCCGAGUUUGGCAACAUGCAAACCAGUGGAGCUUCCAUUUUGGUCCACGCCAUCAUCUACUUCGGCCUCAUCACUAUCUUCCUUAUUGCCAUCGGCGUUCACGUCUACACCGGCUAGCCAACUUUCUAUUUCAAUCUCAAUCUCAGGUCAUCCGUCUUAAUUUCUUUUUCUGCCAUUUACUGUUCAGUUUUACAUUUCCUUGUGAGUGUCAUGGGUGUAGUGUAGUGUAGUGUGCUGAAUCUACUCGUCUGUGUGUGAUUUGAUACUUGCCCAUCAACACCUCCUGUUUCUAUCAGAAAGAAAAGAGAUUGGGAUAAUGUUUUUGUGGAGAUAUGAACGGUGACACCUUUUGCUUUGUGACGGUGGAUUUCCCCCAAAUUAUUUCCAAUGUUGGCAUUAUUACGUGCAUCGCUUUUCCAAUCUAGUUGUCAUACCAAACAAAAAAGCAAAACAGUAAACGUCACCCAUUUAA